CAAAAACCCACGUUUCCAAACAUUCCUACUAUUCUUCACAGUCCUUUACGGUGAUAUUCUGGCUACGCGUCUGGAAUUCGAUAUCUACGGCUUCGAUCUUGAUUAGCUCUGCUGCUGCGUUCCAAAUCCAUGCCAGCACACGACAUGUGGACCUAGCUGUCAACACCUCGAACCUCCCGACUCUAGCACCAUGCCUGCUGUUCGAAGGGUUCGCAUAUUAGCUCUGACAAUCGCCUUCGCCUUCGUAACUCUCUACUACCUGAGUCAACGAGGCAAUGUCUGGAACUACGGCUACACACCCUACCUCCCGAAAACCAUCUUCACCGAUGGCAAAACACACUGGUCGAAGCUCCCCGAUCGCUAUCCCGUAACAUCCUUUAUUCCCCUUCCAACAGGGACACCUCACAAGAUACCUACCGUGCAAGCUCUCGCACCAGAAGAGAAGCCUAAAGUCAGAUACCAGAGGCUACGCAGACGGGAUGCAGUGAAAGAGAGUUUUAAGCACAGUUGGGAAGGAUAUAAAAAGAAUGCCUGGCUGCGAGACGAAGUUACACCCUUGACAGGACAAUAUAAAGACACAUUUGGCGGCUGGGCCGCCACGCUUGUGGAUUCGCUGGACACGUUAUGGAUUAUGGGUAUGAAGGAAGACUUCGCACUUGCUGUGAAGGCUAUCGAGGAAAUUGAUUUCACUACCACGGAGACGAAGGAUAUUAAUGUUUUUGAGACGACGAUUAGGUAUAUGGGUGGCUUUUUGGCGGCGUAUGAUAUUAGUGGGGGGAGGUUUCCUGUGUUAUUGACGAAGGCCGUGGAGGUUGGGGAGUUGUUGAUGAGCUGUUUUGAUACGCCGAAUCGAAUGCCGAUUUCGAGAUGGGAUUGGAAGAAAUAUACCGAAGGCUACGCCCAAACCGCCCCUGCGCGAAUGCUAGUCUCGGAACUCGGCUCGUUCUCCCUAGAAUUCACCCAUCUCUCCCAGGUAACCGGCGAUCCAAAAUACUACGACGCCAUUGCCCGAAUCGCAAACGUCCUCAAUGACGCCCAAAACUCCACAAAACUCCCCGGGAUGUGGCCCGUCAGCAUCGAUGCUGCAACCCCUAGUUUUGCGGAAGAUAACUUCUUUACUCUAGGCGGCAUGUCAGACUCGCUAUAUGAGUACUUUCCCAAACACUACCUUCUGCUCGGCGGGCUGCUCUCCCAGCCAAAGCAACUUUACGAAUCCUUUAUCGAAGUAGCCAAAGAGUUCCUCUUCUUCCGAUUCUACAACCCUGGCAACCUCCCAGUCCAAGCAUCAGGGGACAUCAGAGUAACAGACGACGGCGAAAACCACCUAAUUCCAAGAGGUCAGCACUUGACAUGCUUCAUAGGCGGCAUGGUCGGUCUCGCCUCCCGCAUCUUCGGCCGCCCCCAAGACCUGCAGACAGCAGAAGAGCUAACCCAAGGCUGCAUCUGGGCCUACGACGCCGCUCCAAACCAGAUCGCACCAGAGCUGUACACCGUGAUCCCGUGCCCCAAGAACUCUGCUUGUGGCUGGGAGGACUCAGUCUGGCACGACGUUAUCAAAACUAAUUACGGCAGCGGUGGGCGAACAGGUGAAAGUGUGGAGAAGAUUAUACAGGAGAGGAAGCUUUGGAAGGGUAUUGUAGGUGCGGAUGAUAGGCGGUAUAUUCUCAGGCCUGAGACGAUCGAGAGUGUGUUUAUAAUGUGGAGGAUUACGGGGAAGCAGAUCUACCAGGAUGCUGCGUGGAGGAUGUUCCAGGCUAUUGACAAAGUCUCGAGGACAGAAGUCGCUGCUGCUGCGAUCGCUGAUAUAACCGUAACGGGUGAUGAGAAAGAGGAUAAUGAACAGCCGGGGACGGAACCUAGGAAGAGGAAUGAUGACAAUACAGACAGAACAGGAGUUAGAGCCCAACAGAUUGAUAGCAUGGAGAGCUUUUGGUUGGCCGAGACGCUGAAGUACUUUUAUCUUUGCUUUGAGGACUUCGAUGUGGUGAACUUGGAUGAGUGGGUUUUGAAUACGGAGGCGCAUCCUUUGAGAAGGCCACGGUAAAAGGCAGGAGGAAUGAAGAUACCCGCCGACGGCGUACGAUAAUUGGAACGCAUUUCUUUUGAAAUUUCAUAUUGGAAAACUUGGAGGGAGUGAACUGAAUGCGAAGUGCUUAGUGUUUUGCAGCCUGGGACCCCAAAUGGAAUGCACUCAUCUCCAUCC